GACAACGCGAGGAAAAAAUCCCAUCGCUCGUCAUUAAAUGAUAAAAAACCAAGGAAAAAACACCUAAAAAUUGAUAAAAAUAUCAAAAAACUGUAAAAAGACAAAACCUUUCCAUGGAUCAUUACAACAGAGGACGUUCGCCGUCGAAUCACAAUCAAAACGGCAGAGAUGCCUACAAGCGUGACAGAGAUUAUCGCGAACAACGGAGACCUUCGAGGGACCGUGACCGUGAAAAGCAUAGCAGAUACCGUCGUAGUAGAAGUCGUUCCGAUAGUUUCGACAGAGAUCGCAUUUACAACAAAAAGUCGGAAGAUUCGCGAAAUAAAAAUCGCGAUGACGAUCGAGGCGGAUAUGAUCGAAAUUCCGAUGAUAGAAAUCGAAAAUAUCGCAGAAGUAGGUCACCGAACAGCAAUUACAACAACAAAGAACGGAGACACGAUCGCGAUUAUCGGCGGCAUGGAUCGCCAUCGAGAUCGAAUCGGAGCAAUUAUAGUGAUAGUGAGGAGAGUUAUGGAGGAUAUUCGAAUGAUGAUCAAAGGCGUGGCGGGAAUGAUACGCCAAACAACAAAAUUAUCGUGAGAGGAUUAGCGCCACAUUUAACGGAAGCUGAUAUCAACAGUGACUUAAUAAAUUGCGAUCUCGCGCCCCUGUCAAUCCAUUUGAUCCGGAAAACCAAAACAGGUGCAUCACGAGGCUUUGCGUUCGUGGAAUUCGCAACUAUUGACGAAGCAAGACGUUGGAUGGUUUGUAGAAAGGGUCAAUUGAUUCUGCAAGAUCAGUACAGAGCAACAAUUCAAUAUACCUAUGGAGAAAAAAGUGGAUCUUCUAAGCAGGAUGAGAAGCAGUUGACUGAUUGGUAUUGCGCGAAGUGUGGCGUUUUCAACUUCAAAAGACGUGAAAAUUGCUUCAAAUGUCAAGCAUCUCGGGAAGAAAGCGAAAAAGGAGGCGAAGGAAGUGAUGAAGUGUCAAAUAUUUUAACGAAAAAAAUAAUAAUGCGAAAUUUGGACACUUUAACUAACGAAGAGCGAAUUCUUUGCAAACUACAAGAGGUUGUGCCAUCUGUUGUGACAAAAAUUUCCAAAAUUCUCGUCUGUCGUGAUCCCUUAACGCAAACUUCGCGUGGAAUUUGUUACUUGCACUUUGAUAACUUGGUCGAUUCGAUGAAUUUAUUCAACGCAUUAAAAGCUCUCGAGCCUCCGUUGGAAAUUGAUUCGCGCGAGAUCCAAGUUUCGUAUUGCAUUGACUCGGAAAAUAAAAGUAUUGAGCGCAAAGAGAGCGAAAACAAAGAAACGGAAGCUCCCAUGAUCGGUCCAAUGAUGCAAGGCGAUGAAAGUUCCGCUUAUGCGUACACUUUGGCGGAUGUUCCUCGUUUGGCGGAGUACAGUGCGAGUUUGUAUGCGAAAAAUGCCGCCGAGCAACAGUAUUACUUGCAAUAUUACACGGAUUACUACACGUCGCAAAUCACGAUGGGCACGAUGUCGAAUUUUCCGACUCAAGCGCAGAUGGGCGAAGCGAAUAAUGGAGCGGAAGUUGCACUGCAGGCGAUUCAGAGGAAACAGGGGAAGGCAAGUGGCAGUGCAAAGACGCAACAAACGGUUGCAGAGCAAAUUGCGAUGAAUAAACCGGCGCAGAUUCCGAAAGGGGAUGACGGGAAAAAGUAUCCUCCUCCAAACCCUUGUUUAUACGACGAGACUUCUGGCUAUUAUUACGACACCCAUACCGGCUUAUACUACAAUCCCGUCUCUCAAUAUUACUACAACAACGAAACGGGAGCCUUUUUAUAUUGGGAUCACAUAAACUCAACUUACAUCACUGCUGAAGCUCUCACCCAGCAACAACAACAAUCCAUCGCCGCUGCUUCUGCUGUCGACGAAACCGCGAAAAAAGACGAAAAAGAGGAAACCAAGAAGGAAAAAAAGGGCAAAGACCCCCAAAACAAAGUUCAAGUGGCGAAAAAAAUCGUCAAAGACAUGGAACGAUGGGCCAAGCAACUAAAUCAAAAGAAAGACAUGCCAGUGAUGCCCUCGCAAUCGACAUCCUCCGACGAAAUGUCCUCAAAACCUGCAUCUCGCAAGGAAAUGUACGCCGAUGUCGGAUUUUCCAUCCUCGAAAAGAAAGAUCACACAACGGGAUUAAUGAAUCUCGUCACUGGCGCCCAUGGAACUCCCACAAACAAACUCGUUUCGUACGAUUCGGGGUCAGAUAACGACGCAGCAGCUCCCGAAGCGCCGCGAAACGAAGCUGAUUACGUCGAUUUCGAAAAACUCACGUGUAAUUUGUGCAAACGCGCGUUCCAAUCCGCAGAAAUUCUCACAAAACACUUGCGAAUGUCCCAAUUACACAAAGAAAAUUUGGCAAAAUAUAAUUUAACGAACACAAAUUCGCCACAGAGCGCUGCCAGUUCAUCAAACACGUUCAAUAGUUCGUUAUCGUAUCGAGAUCGGGCCAAGGAACGACGUUUGAAGUACGGCGAAGAUGAUCCGCCGCCCGUGAAUAAGACUCGCGAAAGGUUCGAACGAGAGUUGGAACGACAACAAGCGAGUUACAAACCGCCGCCAGCAAAAAUUGGAGAAAAUAACGUCGGAAAUAAACUUUUGCAGAAAAUGGGAUGGACUGAGGGCAUGGGACUUGGCAGAAGUAAUCAAGGCAGAACGGAUAUCAUUCAGGCGGAACAACGGAAUUCAACUGCUGGAUUGGGAUCGAAACAGAGCUCGUAUGGCGCAGGAGCGGGAGACGAUUACAAGUCGUACAUAAAGAAAAUGAUGAAGGCUCGUUAUGAGUCGGUAGAGUAAAAAAAUUUGGGAGUUACCGUUUUUUAGUAGAUUUUAUUAAAAAUA